CAGCGAGCUCAACUGUGCCAGACUGGAACAGGGGGGCGUGAAACCGGAGAAUGGCAAGGACAGAGAGGGUGAACAGAACCGACUAUUGCAUUCUCUUGGGAAAUGAUCUGUGGUGAAUAAACAGAGACUGCAGAAGAGACACAGAGGGCGAACCAGGGAAUGGAGGAGGAGGGGAUAGCCUAGCGUCCUCUGAGCGCAGUAGACUUGGUGCGACGCAACUGAAGGAAGACAGCCAUGGGAAUUUUAGCAGAAACAUCGGAGACCAAGUUGAUAUGUAAAGGCUGUUCCCUGCUCUGUAAGGGCCCAUUUCUCCACCCUUGACUCGUCAUCUUCUACUUGCCGGCUGACAGCAGGAAAUUCUCUACACAUAACCAGACACUCUCAGAAUGCAUCUAAUUUCCUACCAGCAAAAGUGUGAUCACAGGAGCACAGAGACUUGAGGAUUUCUGAUAUUGAAAGUCAGAAGUAGGACUAAAAGAAAGAACAAAUCCUUGAUUUUGAUUUUUUAUUGAAAUCACUUGACGUUUACUACUCAGAAACCAUCCACUACUUCAAGGUUGAAUGGAACCCUAAGGGGGCAAGGGAAUAAGUGUCAUCCAAUCAAAGACCCUUUGAUUUCAUAUCAUGUCGAGAGGAUCCUAAGCGAUACCAUUCAACAGGAGAUAAUUGAACUUCCUGCCUGGCAGGCAGCAAAAAAUGGAAGACUAGAGGUCGAAGUGAUUUUUCUGGGGGAUACGUAGAAGCACCCCACCGCUCAGGAUCAGAUAGCCCAGUUCUGAAAGAAAACUUCUACCUACCUACCAGUGAUGUUUGAUUUCUUUUCUUUUUUCUGUCCAGUUCUGUGGAGAAAUGACAGUGAUGAAAGAAGAUUUGAAAAAUAAAAGAAGCUGUUGUUUGUUGAAUCUUGGUCAGAUCUUUUAGACUGACAUUCAACAGUUUUACUGAGUAGGCGCCGAAAGUGAUCCAGGAAAAAAGAGAGCGAGCAGAUGGUGUGCUUUCGAUUGACAAGGCUAUUCUCCAUAAUUCUGAGGCAAACAAACAAAAUGUUAUUAUAUGCCUUAGUCUUACCAUUCAGGUGCAAAUAAAUUGAGAGACAGAAGGAGAGCAAGACCAAAGAAGAAUAAAAGCAAAAGGGGAGGGAGUUGGGUAGAUGUCACUGGUGUAAUUCGUUAACCGUACCUUUUUGAUCAAGUUAGGUUUCUCAUCUUUUCAUUUUCAUCUUCUUUUCAUCUCAAAAAUUUGAUUUCCUCCCCCCCUCCGAAUGACCCUUAAGACUUUAAGGGAGACCAUAACACAUUGCAGUGACAGAGAGGGUGUGGAAAAAAGGAGGGAGAAGCCUUUUUUCCAAGCUGCAACAGAAUGUUCUUAUGGCUUCCCGAUUUUGCAGUUUUAGGUACUUACCUUGUCACUCGACCUCUGUUUUUAUCCCCUUCUCCAUGCCUCUGGGACAGCAAGGGAGGGAAUUGAAUUAUUUGAUCUCUGCUGGAAUUUUUGCAUUUGCCUUCCUGACAGAUUUUUUCAGUACUCCUGUUUACCUCAGACAAAAAGCUGUUGUAUCACAAGUCAAAAUCUGGAACCUGAUACUGUUUGGGAAGUGUUCCACAAGAGAGCAAGGCCAUUGAGAAAAAAAAAACUGAAAACGGAAAUCUUCUUAAGUCUAACCUCCGAUCUUAAAAAGCGUGAGAUAUUUUUUUUUUUUCUCCCCCCCCUUCCAGUUCAGAGGUAUCCUCGGAUAUUCCUUUCUCAGUUCCUCUCCUUCUAUGGAAUCUGUCAGCAUUCCCGACUGGACGCAGCCAGCUUGAUUCUGUGCCAAUCCUUUGAUAUUAGCUGCUGGUGUCGUCUGCUUCAUUCUGUGGCGGUGUAGGCAGCCAGACGACCUUUCUCCAUGAGGAGCAGUGGAAGAUGCCGGCUCUGCCAGCGCUGCUGCUGUCGAUUCACCUCCUCUUCCUCUUCCUGCUACUGCUGACCAUGGCCCCAUCUUUCCACAGCCAGGCUCCCGCCCUCGCAGCCGUCAGGAUGGCUGCUAUUUUAGAUGAUCAGUCAGCGUGUGGACGUGGAGAGCGGCUGGCUUUGGCUCUGGCCCGAGAGAACAUCAAUAGUGUGUUGGAGGGCCCUUCCCGAGCUCGCGUGGAGGUUGACAUAUUUGAGCUGCAGAAAGACUCUCAGUACGAGACUACCGACACAAUGUGUCAGAUUUUGCCAAAGGGAGUGGUCUCUGUCAUUGGUCCAGCCUCUAGUCCUGCUUCUGGAUCAACUGUCAGUCAUGUAUGUGGGGAAAAAGAGAUUCCUCACAUUAAGAUUGGUCCAGAAGAGACUACACGCUUGCCAUAUCUGCGCUUUGCCUCAGUGACACUGUAUCCUAGCAACGAGGACUUAAGCUUGGCCAUCGGUGCCAUCCUGCGUUCUUUCAGUUAUCCUACGACCAGCUUGAUCUGUGCCAAAGCAGAGUGCCUGCUGCGAUUGGAGGAGCUAGUGCGUCACUUCCUCAUCUCCCGGGAAACACUCUCAAUCAGAAUGCUUGAUGAAAAUUUGGACCCCACCCCCCUGCUAAAGGAAAUCCGUGAUGACAAAGUUGCGACUAUUAUUAUUGACGCUAAUGCAUCAGUGUCAAUCCUAAUACUAAAGAAGGCCUCAGAAUUAGGCAUGAUGUCAGCCUUCUACAAGUACAUCCUCACCACAAUGGAUUUCCCUCUGUUGCAGUUGGAUGAUGUGGGAGAUGAUCAGUCAAAUAUCAUUGGCUUCUCCUUGUUGAACAGCAGUCAUCCUUUCUACCUAGAAUUCAUCAGGAGUCUGAACCUGUCAUGGAGAGAAGGCUGUGAUAUCAGCCCAUACCCUGGACCAGCAUUGUCAUCAGCGCUGAUGUUCGAUGCAGUGCAUGUGGUGGUUGGGGCAGUACAAGAACUAAACCGCAGUCAGGAGAUUGGCGUGAAGCCUCUUAGUUGCACCUCCUCGCUCAUCUGGCAGCAUGGCACCAGUCUCAUGAACUACCUGCGCAUGGUAGAGUAUGAUGGCCUGACCGGGCACGUGGAGUUUAACAGCAAAGGCCAGCGGACCAAUUACACCCUGCGUAUUCUCGAGAAAUUCAAGGGGGGUCACAAAGAGAUUGGUGUCUGGUACUCUAAUAACACAUUGGCUAUGAACUCCACAUCUUUAGACCUCAAUACAUCCGAGACGUUAGCCUACAAGACACUUAUCGUCACCACAAUACUGGAAAAUCCAUAUGUGAUGCGCAAGUCAAACUACCAGGACUUUCAGGGUAAUGAUCAGUAUGAGGGAUUCUGUGUGGAUAUGCUGCGGGAGCUUGCGGACAUAUUAAAGUUUUCGUUCCGGAUCAAGCUAGUGGAUGACGGGCUGUAUGGCGCUCCAGAACCUAAUGGGUCAUGGACCGGCAUGGUGGGGGAGCUCAUCAACAGGAAAGCAGAUAUGGCUGUAGCUGGAUUUACCAUCACAUCGGAGAGGGAGAAGGUUAUAGAUUUCUCCAAACCUUUCAUGAAUCUUGGCAUUAGUAUCCUGUACCGUGUUCACAUAGGCAGGAAGCCAGGUUAUUUCUCCUUCUUGGAUCCCUUUUCUCCAGCUGUCUGGCUCUUUAUGCUGUUAGCCUAUCUGGCUGUUAGCUGUGUACUCUUCCUGGCAGCCAGGCUGAGUCCAUAUGAAUGGUAUAACCCUUUCCCAUGUUGGCGUGACCGCAGGGAUCUCCUGGAGAACCAGUACACACUGGGAAACAGCCUGUGGUUUCCAAUUGGUGGUUUCAUGCAGCAAGGCUCAGAGAUAAUGCCCCGGGCCCUCUCCACACGCUGUGUCAGUGGGGUUUGGUGGGCAUUCACGCUGAUCAUCAUCUCCUCCUACACGGCGAACCUUGCUGCGUUCUUGACGGUUCAGAGAAUGGAAGUGCCGAUCGAAUCAGCCGAUGACUUAGCAGAUCAGACAAACAUCCAAUAUGGCACGAUUCAAGGUGGAAGUACUAUGACCUUCUUCAUGAACUCACGCUACCAGACGUACCAGCGCAUGUGGAAUUACAUGUACUCCAAGCAACCCAGCGUGUUCGUGAAGAGCACAGAGGAGGGCAUCGCACGGAUUUUAAAUUCUAGGUACGCCUUCCUGCUGGAGAGUACCAUGAAUGAGUACCACCGCCGCCUCAACUGCAACCUCACACAGAUAGGAGGACUGCUGGACACCAAGGGCUAUGGCAUCGGCAUGCCUCUGGGCUCUCCAUUCAGAGAUGAGAUUUCGUUAGGUGUGCUGCAACUGCAAGAGAACAACAGAUUAGAAAUCCUGAAACGCCGAUGGUGGGAGGGAGGGAAGUGUCCUAAAGAGGAGGACCAUCGAGCUAAAGGUCUAGGUAUGGAGAAUAUCGGCGGAAUAUUCGUGGUGCUGAUAUGUGGGCUCAUAAUAGCUGUUUUUGUAGCGAUUAUGGAGUUUAUGUGGGCCACACGCCGGUCGGCCGAGACAGACGAGGUACGCCCUCAUACCUGCCCCGCCCGAAAACACAGACACACAAGAGUGUCAGUAUGUCAAGAGAUGAUGACUGAGUUCAGAAACGUUAUCUCCUGUAAAAAGAACUCUCGCUUGCGGCGCCGGCGCCCCUUCUCGUCACAGGGUGUCCUGCGUCACUCAGCCCGUCUCCCUUUGGGAGUUCCCAGGCCCAUUCGGCUUGUCCGGGAGAUGCGUCUCAGCAACGGCAAACUCUACAGCGGGACAGAGUCAUUAACUGGAGCCGCAACUGUACCAGGACCAGGUGGUGGUGCUGUGGAAUUGGGCCCGGGUCCUCAGCGACUUCUGGAGGACCCUCUGGGUGCCAACAUCUCUAAUAACCCACCUGCUUUGAUCCCACCUGUGGCCCCACGUGGCUGUACGCACGUACGAGUUUGCCAGGAAUGUCGGCGAAUCCAGAGCCUUCGUUCCACGUCCUCUUGUUCACGUAUCUCACCACUGGCAUCGGACACGUCUUCUCUCCCGCAUCUACCCCCGCCCCUUUCCGCCUCCAACUCAAACACUGAUAGUGAGGGCGGGGGGUCGGUCAGCCCACGUAGGCCUAAACCUACGCCCCCUCCGAGGCCAGUACCACCCACUAAAACUCCUUCUACCAAUCUUCUCUGCAAGCAGGACUAAGACCAAGGGAAGUUACAGUGGUAAGGAAGUCUUUGUUGAGAGAUUAAAUAAAUGUGAAAUGCACGCAUUGCUGGAGGUCAAACAGACAUAGCCCAAGCAGUGACUCAUAAACAGCUCUGUCCACACCUCCAGUCAAAGUGACCUCUUGGAUACUGCAAAAAGAGGGCUAUUUUGUAGUUGAGGUACUUCAAACUGAUGCAAAAUUACAUUAUUGGAAUCAGAUUGGAGAUGAUUCAGCCAACCACUACUCUUCAAGUGUCUGAUUUAAAACCACGUCAUGCAAUAGCAUGGGAAAGCCAGUGAGGUUUGGCAGAUUGUUGAGACUGUGUAAUGCAUAUCCCAUGAAAGUAUGCUAUGCAACAUGUUAUAAAGUGAAGAAUUGAGGGAAACUGAAUGGAUGAUCAAUUUUACAUAGAUUUUAGAGGAGAGAGGCAGAUCACUCUUUCUUCUCCAUGAUUUGUGAUGGGGGACUACACUCCUGGAAGGACCACAGUGUCUGUACUGAAAAAUGUGUACACAUAGAACUGAUAUGACUAAUAUAAGAAGGGGAGAGUAAUAAAAAAAAAGUGCUCUAGAAUCUGGUUUUUUUCCUGAAUGGCACUUGUUGCUUUUCCUUUCUAGUUUCAUCUUUUAUUUACUUAUUAUAAUGCCUUUUUUUUUUUUUUUUAAAAAACAAUAUCUGCUUUUUUUCCCUUGUCAGUGUCUCUGGGGACAAAAGUAUUUUAGAUUUUUGUAUGUUUUUGGGGGAGGUGGUGUAGUUAGGAAUGGUUUGUUCUGAGACAAAAUCUUUUAGGCAAUUCACCUGGUCUUCAAUCAUUCAUCUACCUAGAAGUCUUACUAAGUUAAAGCACUUAGGUCUAGAGGUCAAAGGUUAAAUUAAAGUCAACAUGAAUCAGCAUUCACGACCCAUUUUAAUUCCAUAAUGUGAAUUUAGUUCAGGGUGAAACAGAACAAAAUGUAGGGUGGGACUUUUAGAUUUUAUCUAUCAGGAAUUGAUUGGAUCGUGAAAAGUGAGCGUUCCGUACCAGGAUGGAGCCAGACAUGAAUGUGAGUUUGUAGUCAGUUGUGGAGGACUAAUUAAUGCAUUUCAAAUCAACAAGUUAAUUGAUAUGAUUGAUGUACCUUUUAUGACAUUAACCGGGAUUCAAUUAUUGCAUUAACUAUUAAAAGAUUUUAGAUUGGCUGCAUUACUAACAACAGUAGCCUAAACUGCCUAAAUAGCUAUUCGGCUAUUGGUGAACAUUAUUUGCCCUGCCCAUGUGGCCUACUGUAGGUGACAUCAGCCAAAAAGAAAAGUCAUUUCAGAGGCAAAGAAAGUUAUUACAUUUUGAUGAAAGAAUAUGAAGACAUGCAUUAAUAACAUGCACUGACGAAUCGUGCACAAAAAGACCAGGAAUGUGUAUCAAUUUUGAUUUCAUGUUGACUUUAACAGUAAGCUGCCCAUCUAUAUUUGUAAUUUGAUGCAGGUUGCAAAACGUAAGUACGCAGAGAAACACUUCUCAUUCCCAGAACAACAACAAAACAAAAAACAGAUAACCCUUUGUGCACCUGAAGGGGUGUUUGUUUGAUUAUGUUAGAGGACAAUUAAUGAUGUUCAUUACUCAGAACUAAAUGAGCCUCUAUCAUGAAUGGUAUUGUUGGAGUGCACUAGACGCUGCUGUCUAGGUGCUUGUGAAACGCAAACAUCCUUUUAUAUAUACAAAAAAUAAAAAAUAAAACUGUAAACAUAGCAAUCCCAUUUAGGAUCUCCAGUAUUAUAGCAUUGAUAUGUUGGUGCUUUGUGAUUGUGUGUGUGUGUGUGUGUGUGUGUGUGUGUGUAUGUGUGUGUGUGUGUGUCUGUCAAAGAGAGACAGAAAGGGUAUGAGGCUGUUUGUUAUCCAAUCAUUUUUUAAAUCAAAGCUGAUUUUUUAAUUUCCUCAUUAAUUUUCAGAGAUUUAUAUACCAGUGCUUGACUAAUCACACCCACAAUGAAGAAAAUAAGGCAAAUGAUUCAGAUUAUGUUGUUAUUAUUAUUAUACAAAUAAAGAUGUGGGGUUAUGUAGGAGGGCUGUCACCCUCUUUCGUUAAAUAUAUAGACAAAUAUUUGGAAUAAACAGAGUGAUUCAAACUGUGACCUUUGCCCUUCGUGGAUGCUUCUGUUCUAAUGUAUAACAAUUAAUUGAGUAAUUCAUAUUUUGUUUUAUUAAUGUUAUAAUAUGUGCUCUGUGUAGAAUGUUUUGAAGUCCUUAAAAGGAUAGAUCAAAUUAAAACUCUGUCAU